CACGUCGUCAUUUCCGAAGUCGAAGAACAGGGUUCGCACGGUUUGCUGCCUUGAGCCGCCCGAUUACACACACAGUUCGGCGGUCGGUGCUUGGCAUUAGCUGUCUCGCGCGGCAGGCUUCACUCUAAUAACCGUCCGUAGAUGCUGCCAUGACAGCUCUCACCUCGAGGGAAGCACGAGUUGAAAAAGUUGCAGUUUGCUGCCGCGUGGGAUCGAAGUGAGCGAGGGGGACGUUUGGGGACACCGACUGAGGGGAGCGGAUCAAAACGUUACACCAAAAUGGCAACCCCCUAUGUUACAGAUGAAUCUGUCAUCCCAUGACCCUUCAGAUUUAUCUUGACACCUUGGAGGGGUUCGACCCUCAGGUUGGGAACAACUGGGCUAAUAUAUCGAGAGAUAUUGAAUGGAUAGCUACCAAGGGAAAUACAUUGCUGCCACUCAGCGACCUGAUGGAACAUGGAGGAGGCCGAGGCGGGUGAAGGAUGGUUAUGUCCCUCAGGAAGAAGUACCAGUCUAUGAAAACAAGUAUGUGAAGUUUUUCAAGAGCAAACCAGACCUGCCACCUGGGAUGAAUCCGUCCGAGUCAGCUCCGCCAAAGCAGCAGCAGCAAAAGAUCCCCGGUUGCGGGGACAGUGAGACAGCCGGACUCUCAAAGUCUGCCAAACGCAACAUGAAACGUAAAGAAAAACGAAAGCAGCAGCAGCACCAGGGCCAGGAUGGCGAUGAGGAAGAUGCGGAUGUGGACUCGGUGAGCAAUGCUGUCGAGAACGUGUCCAUUUCUGAGGGCGGCGAGUCUUCAAACAAGACGGCUGCGACGGUUUCUGUCUCGUCUCCCGAUGAUUCCUCAGCGGCAGCAGCUGAAAAGGCCAAGAAGAUUAAAAACCUGAAAAAGAAGCUGCGACAAGUUGAGGAUUUGAAGCAGAAAGUGGACUCAGGGGAAAUUAAAGAGCCAACAAAGGAUCAAUUGGAAAAGCUGGGUCGUGUACUGGCCUUACGAGAUGAGUUACAGCAGCUCGAGAGUGAUUCUUGAAGCAAUAAUGGAAAACAGAAGAGUCGGAUAGACUAAACAUACAAACUACAUACUGAAAGACAGGGAAGGGACCAUUGCAGCUUUGUGAUCAUGGCUUCCAUUAAACAUAUUCUACCUAUUUGAUAUUCAUUAUGAACUUCGGAAGUGAACACAGUCCCAGCACCUUUCAAGCAGAGACUGACAGGAAGUCUACGUAGCAGGCACCACAUCUUCAGAACUGACAAGCCUGUUUUCUAGAUUCAGAUCUCUAGAUACUAUUAUGACUCCUGCUCAUAUACUUGUAUUGGCCAGGCCACUCAUUUAUAAAUAUCUUUUAAAGACAUCAUUGUGAAUUGUUUUGUGCGCGUCUGUCCUUUCCAUUUUGUACCUUUCAUGGCAUCAGGCAUCACUUACACAUGAAAUGGAAAAAGUAUUUUCUGUUUAAUAUAGUUUGUUGAUCUGUCUGCUCGAAGAAUUAACACAAGAUUUUUGUCAAUGAUUGGAUGGCUUCUUGUAGUCACACUAAUGUUGAGGAACUGUCUAUACAGUCAUUACAUUAAUUAAAACUACAUGCUGCGUAAAAUGUUUAUCUCAUAUUGGUUUUUAGUAGUAGAGUGAACAAGUACUCUAUGAGUAGCCUGAAUAACUGGGAAAUUAUUUUGAAAGGUAGGACGUAAAUUCUUAGAAAAACAUCUAUAUUUUGGUGUCAUUGGAUAUUUUGGAAACAAGUUAUACACUUAAAGGAUAAGGCUGGUGAUAUUGUAUAUUUUUCUUAUUGUCAACAAAUCCCAUAAAAUGACCCAAACCAACAAUGAACUGAUCCUACCAACAAGUAUUGUCUCUGUAGUUAAAGCCUGAUAUAUCGUAUUCCUCUCUGCCACAGAGCGCCAUUGUUGUCUAAAAACUAUUAAAAAUGCAUCAAUGAGCCA